AUGUGGGUUACCCUCUGUCCCGGCCGGUCCCGGAUGAGGAGAAGCCGUUCAGCGAGGAGCUACUGCAGAGUGUUGUGAAGAGCAUCCAGAGGAACGAUAUCAGCCGGCCGAUGGCUCAGCUGCUGCAGCUGCUGGGUCAGACACUCGGGGUCAAAAGGCAAAGGAGUUUGUACAGAGACAUCCUCUUCCUCUCUUUGGUGGCUCUGGGAAAAGAUAACAUUGACAUUGAUGCCUUCGAUCGUGAGUACAAGUUGGCAUACGACCGCCUCGUGCCGAGUCUGGUGAAACUGACCCACAACUGUGACCGUCCUCCCAGCACGGGGGUCAUGGAGUGCCGCAGGACGUUUGGAGAGCCUUACCUGUAAACACACACACAC